GCAUGUGCGAGUAACGCAGGCUGCACGCUGUCCGGCAUGGAGUGUAUGAACAGCACGUGCCAGUGUUCGGGUGCGCUCAAGUUCGACCCUGGAAGCGGAAACUGCGUGGCAGAGUGCACAACCUAUGGCACCACCUACACGUGGCGCCCUUUAAUGGAGCGAGAAAGCACCGUCAAUUUGGAAACCUUAGGGAUUGGUACAACCCUUUCGUAUUGCAUGACCAAAUGCUCGUCAACAGACAUGUGCACAGGAGUGCAGUUCUCACCACUGAGUCUGAUUGGCCCGUGCGUUCUGAAACAGGAGACCGCGUCGUCUUAUUCAGUGCUCGGGUCAUCCCACUGGUACAGCCGUGACUGCGUAUAAUCGUGCAUAAAAUGCAUUAAUGAGGCGCGCUCUGUGAACUUGGGGCCUAAUGCUUUUGGGUAAUGUGUCGUCCCAUGUUAAGCAUGUGCUGUCCGCACAGGCUAAUCAGAGACGACACUUUCCACCU